GAAGAGGAAUUAGCUCAAAAGAUACGCAAUAACUACAACGAUGAGAAUGACCACGACGAGACAAACGAAGCUGUAUACGGUAAUUUAGAUAGAUAUGGUUUCUUCCUUCACAAUUAUGACAACAAGCAGAGACUAACUAUUUUAUAUAAAACAAAGCGUGUACCGUCAAUCAAACGUCCGUCAAAAUCUCACAAGCGUAGACCGGAAACUGAUCAAGAUAAGGCCAGAGUUGUCAGCAAGUAUUUGAAAGGCGCGGACAUGCUCUCUCUUAAAGAAAUGGAUAGAAUUGAAAAGUGGAGGGACAUGUUACAACCUAAACACCGUGAUAUUGGUAGUAAUGUACGCUUAUGGCGUUUGAAAGCCAAGCUCAAUGAAACUACUCUAGCUAAACGGCUAGUUAAGGGAGUUCCAGAUCGUUGGAGAGCAGCUGCUUGGGAGUCUAUACUUCUAAGAAAUAUCGAAAAAGAAGGCGAAUUUCCAAGACCACUUUACAGUCAAAAUGUCUCAGGCUCUAGUGAUAAGAUGAGUAUGAAAUCUGGUUUUAGACCAGCAUCAACGCGAUCGAUAUCUACAAUAGGCGAGGAGACCAAUGAGAGUCUCAGUAGCUCAGAGCAGAUCAACAAGUCAACUAUGGAUAGGCUCACAAAAGAAUACUUUGAUAAGCAGUCUGAACCGUCUAGCUAUGACAUACAGAUAGAUUUAGAUGUACCUAGAACAAUUAGUGGUCACUUCCUUUUCCACAAUAGAUAUGGACUCGGACAACGUAACUUAUUUCAUGUUUUGCACGCAUUUUCACUCCAAGAUAAUGGUUACUGUCAAGGAAUGGGCCCAAUAGCCGCUACUUUGCUUUGCUACUAUGAACCCGAAAAGGCGUAUGCUAUGAUAACCCUACUGGAUAGGCAUUAUGGUAUGCAUGAAGUCUUCAAGCAUGGUUUCCCUGGUUUAUUAGAACAUCUACACGUUCAAGAUGAGAUUGUGAAAUUGACCAUGCCAAAGGUGUACGAGAAGCUCGAUCAGGAAAAUGUACCGCCAACUUCAUAUGCAACUAAAUGGUAUAUCACUUUAUUUGCAAAUACUGUACCAUUUAAAACCCAGUUGAGGUUCUGGGAUAUGUUAAUGUUUUAUGGUCCGGAUGCAAUCGUUGCGUUCUCAAUAUCGAUCCUUUGGUCAUUGAGACAUAACAUCAUUGAAAAGAAUUCCAAUUUUGAAACAAUUUUAACUAGUUUAUCAAAUUUCUUCAUACCAGAAGAUGAGGAUACAUUAAUGAGCGUUUGCUCAUCAAUACUCAAUGAUGCUCAGAUCAGAACUGAGAUGGAUCGCUCGAGAGAGAAUUAUAGAAGUGAACAAUAGAAGUAAAGGGCAUUUUCUAAAGUAUACCCAUAUUGCAAUACGCUACUCGUUCAAUUUGUUAUUUAAAUUAUUCAUGCGAUUGAACUUGACAGUUGUCAAGUGACUUAAAUUAUCCUUUUCUUCUGUCGCCAUAUAGACAAUCGUGAUGGCGUCCGCUUUUAUUACGCUGGCUUAGAACAAAACAGAUGCUCUUUGUAGAUUAUUUGGAGAUUUCACAUGAGUUGGAAGACAUUGAGUGGAUCAGAAAGUCAAAUAAA